AUGUUGAAUUUACAUGCCCGAGAUGGCAUCUCGACUGUCCAGCCACCUCUAUCACAGGCGGUUGGUUAUGUCGUCGUGGUUAUCAUCGGUGUGAUUAUUGCCCUAGUGAUGAUGCUUAUUACAAAAGUCUUGAAGAAAACCACCGGAGAGGACAACGAAAAGACCGAAAUGUUCAUGACAGCAAACCGCACCAUCCGCACAGGCCUAACCGCAUCAGCCGUGAUAUCAUCUUGGCUUUGGUCGACCGCUUUACUUGGCUCAUCAUUUGUCGGCUAUGACUAUGGCGUAGCCGGUCCAUUCUGGUUUGCAGCUGGUUGCAGUCCGAUGAUUGUGUUUUUCGCUCUCUUGGGAAUAUCCUGCAAGCGAAAGAUCCCAGAAGCGCAUACUUCGCUGGAAGUGGUUCGGAUCCGAUACGGACAUGUAGCACAUAUUGUGUUCAUGAUUCUCUGUCUGGUGAAUAACAUAUUUGCGUGCGCCAACAUGCUUCUUGGCGCCGCUGCAGUCAUCACUGCGGUCACUGGAAUGCAUAUUAUUGCUGCUACCUUUUUAUUGCCCGUUGGAGUGACCCUCUACACAUUUGUCGGUGGUAUCAAAGCAACAUUCCUCACUGAUUAUUUCCACACGGCUAUCAUUAUGAUAAUUGCGUGCUAUUUCACCGUCAAAGCCUUUUCAACUGACCAGAUUGGCUCUGUGGGUGAUCUUUUCGAGCUUGUCCAAGCAGCAGCGCAACGACAUCCAGUUGCUGGCAACCAAGAUGGGACAUAUCUGACAAUGACAUCCAAGAGUGCAAUCCUUUUUGGAAUCCUUCACACUCUUGGAAACUUCGGUUUAGUCAUCAUGGACACAAGCUAUUUUAUCAAAGCCUUCUCCGCCUCCCCCGCUGCAGUAGUACCUGGCUACACAAUCGGAGGCAUUGCCUACUUUGCCAUUCCAUGGGGCCUCGGAACAGUCAUGAGCUCCGUUGCCCUAGGACUGGAGAACCAGCCAACCUUCCCAACCUUCCCGAGAAGAAUGACAACUACGGAAGUCGGCAAUGGCCUCGUCCUCCCAUACGCAGCAAUCACCAUCGCCGGUAAAGGCGGCGCCGCAGCAGUCCUCCUAAUAACCUUCAUGGCGUGUACAUCAACCCUCUCCGCACAGGUAAUCGCCGUCAGCUCGAUCCUGAGUUUCGACGUCUACCGCGAGUACUUCAAGAAGAAGGCCACAGACCGGGAUCUGAUCCGCGCGAGCCACUUCGGUGUGAUUUUCUUCGCUGUUUUCUCCGCUGCUUUCAGCACUAUGCUUCACUACGUGGGUAUCAAUCUAGGCUGGACACUUUACAUGCUGGGCGUGGUCACAUGUCCCGGGAUCUUCCCAAUGAUUUUCACCAUCCUCUGGCGACGCCAAAGUAAAGCUGCCGCAAUCCUGUCUCCUAUCCUUGGUCUUGCAACCGGUAUGGCCGUCUGGCUUGGGACUGCAUCGCAUUUUAGUGGUGAGGUUUCUGUCGCAUCAACGGGAGAAGUCCUUCCUUGUUUAUAUGGCACAGUCGCCUCUUGCCUGUCGCCGAUUGUAUACUCGGUUCUGAUCACCCUUGUACGGCCUCAGAACUAUGAUUGGGACGAUUUCAAAAAAGUCAAGUUGUCUCUUGAAAAAUUGGGUAGUGAUUUGACGACCACGCAUCGUGACCAGGUUUCUUCCGCUGAGCAAGAUGGGAGCGUUGAAGAUGGGGGCAGGGGUGCACAGGAUCAAAAGGAGCUGAAGCGGUGGAGUCGGAUUGCGGCUUUUUGGGCUGCGGCAACAUUCUUGGGUCACUGGGUUAUCUGGCCGUUGCCUAUGUAUGGAUCUGGUUAUGUUUUUGGGAAGAAGUUCUAUAUUGCCUGGGUCGUCGUUGGUAUUAUCUGGCUUUGGCUCAGUAUGCUGGUUGCGAUCUUCUACCCGAUCUUUGACGGUGGUUUGGAACAGAUUCGUGAUGUUUAUCGGGGGCUGAGAGAUCAUAAAAUUGUCACUGAGGGUGCUCGGAGUGAAGAUGGCAAAGGGGCAAGUAUUUCUCCAUGUGGGUCUAUCAGCGAUGAUACUCACAUUGGAGAGCCUCAAGAGAACAAAAAUGUCAAAUCAAUCAUGGGAUGA